UGGCUGGACGUCACCGUCCGGUCGCCUUUCAAUCCCUCGCUGGCCAGCGCCGGCCGCACCCCUGGGGCCGCCGCCGCAUCUGGCGACCGGGCCAAGGAGGCGCGCUACGGCGACCAGGUGCACAGCAUCGCCGUCGAGGCGGGCGGCCUUCUCAGCGCCGGCGCCGCCGCGGCGCUUGCGGAGCUCGCGGCCGCCUCGCAGGCGCACGGCCGCCUGCAGCGCGACGGCCGCCGCGGCACCACGGCGCGGAGGCUCGCUAAGCGGCUCUGCAAUGUGGUGGUGCUGUGGGCGGCGGACGCCACCAUCGCCGCCCUCGGCUAUUAG